AUGAAAGAUUCUACCUGGCCUCAAAAAGUCGCCUGGCAUGGGUCCAGUUUACGUGGUGAACUUAAUCAUAAUGCCUACUGCGACGCCUGGCAUUCCGCCUCAGCGAGCAAGGUGGGUCUCGCCGGCAGCUUACUAAGUCAUCAGCUGUUGAAACAAGAGAGGUAUUCUUGUGACAAUCGCUUUGUACUACUUUGCGUGGAAGCUACGACACAGCUUGCAAGAAGGCGAAGAUCUGCUGACGAAUUCUAUGGAAGUGCAAACAGAACACAUCACGUCGAUGCCAUAUUGAGUCAGGAGGAAUACGAAAAACUACUCAGUACUAUAUUGGAUGAUAGUGCCCUUUAA